CCCCAGGCCGCACUGUGAGUGGCCCGGCCUGGCCUCGGCCUCCCUCACGCCCCGGAGAUGCUGAAGUGUAUCCCGCUGUGGCGGUGUAACCGGCACAUUGAGUCGGUGGACCGGAGCCACUGCUCCCUGAGCGGAGUCCCCGAUGAGAUUUAUCGCUACAGCCGCAGCCUGGAGGAGCUGCUCCUGGACUCGAACCAACUGAGGGAGCUGCCCAAGCCUUUCUUCAGAUUGUUAAACUUGCGGAAACUGGGACUUAGUGAUAAUGAGAUCCAGAGGCUGCCUCCAGAGGUUGCUAACUUCAUGCAGCUUGUCGAGCUCGACAUCUCUCGCAAUGAUAUCCCAGAGAUUCCUGAAAGUAUUAAAUUCUGCAAGUCUUUGGAAAUAGCUGAUUUCAGUGGGAACCCCCUUUCCAGGCUGCCUGAUGGAUUCACACAGUUACGGAUCCUCGCACACCUCUCUCUGAACGACGUCUCCCUGCAGUCUCUGCCGAACGAUAUUGGGAACUUAGCAAACCUGGUAACACUGGAACUUCGAGAAAACCUGUUGAAGACACUGCCAACAUCCCUAUCUUUCCUGGUGAAGCUGGAGGAGUUGGAUCUUGGCAGCAAUGAACUGGAAGUGCUGCCGGACACUUUAGGAGCUCUGCCAAAUCUGCGGGAACUCUGGUUGGAUAGGAACCAGCUCACUGCACUGCCACCGGAAUUGGGAAACCUGAGACGCCUGGUCUGCCUGGACGUUUCGGAAAAUAAACUGGAGAGGCUCCCCAAUGAAAUUAGUGGACUGGUAGCACUGACUGACCUGCUGCUCUCCCAGAACCCACUGGAGUCUAUACCAGAUGGCAUUGGCCAGUUGAAGCAGUUGUCCAUUCUGAAGGUGGAUCAGAACCGGUUAACACAGUUAACGGAGGCAGUAGGGGAGUGUACACAUCUGACAGAGUUGAUCCUCACUGAGAACCUGCUGAUGGCACUCCCCAAAUCUAUUGGAAAACUGAAGAAACUAACAAACCUGAAUGUGGAUCGGAACCGACUCAUGGCUUUUCCAGCUGAAUUGGGAGGCUGUGUGAGUUUAAAUGUGCUGAGUCUCCGUGACAACCGGCUAACAUACCUCCCUCCUGAACUUGCAAAGGCAUCUGAGAUUCACGUACUGGAUGUGGCUGGAAACAGGUUGAUGAACCUGCCUUUUGCCCUCACCAACCUGAACCUGAAGGCCCUGUGGCUGGCUGAGAACCAGUCUCAGCCAAUGCUGAAAUUUCAAACUGAGGACGACGAGAAAACUGGUGAGAAGGUGCUGACCUGCUACCUCCUACCACAGCAACCGUCACCAAGUCUGGAAAAUCUCUUGAAUGACAGCUUGGAUGAAGCAUGGACAGAGCCCAACCUGAACCGAGUCAGUGUGAUCCAGUUCCAGGAAGAACCGAAUGAUGAUGAGGAGAAUGAAGAGGAAGCAGAGAGGCGGGGCCGGUUACAGCGCAGAGCAACACCACACCCCAGUGAGCUGAAGGUGAUGAAACAGGCCAUUGAGGAACGGAGGGGAGAAGCACUCACCAUGAAAGCCCACGACCAACCCUCAUCGCCUGACUCACCAGAGCCACAGGAAAAGAGGCUGAGUGCGUUAUCGAACCAAAGCCAGGAGUCCCAUAUGUCCAAUGGUGGGAUCUCUCUGGGCGAGGAGGAACCUGAAUUGGAAAUGGACACUCCAGCAGAUGAAGAGAUCCCAGUGGAACAGAGCAGUGACAUGUUAGAAAAGAACGAGGAGCAAGAUGAUGAAGACGGAUACUUUGAGCCAAUGGUGCGUUUCACUGAAGACACUGUGAUACGGGGUGAGGAGGAAGGAGCUUGCGAAGGUGAUUUCAUCCCUGAGAAGCAGCGGCUGAUCCGGAAGGACACCCCUCACUACAAGAAGCAGUUUAAGAUCAACAAACUACCCAAACCCGAGGCGGUGCUGGCCAUGCUCCAGGGUUUACCCAGCGCUGAGCUGCAGGAGGAAGGUGACCAGGCCUUCAAGUCCAGCUGCUGCCUGGAUGGAGACGUGACCCAGCUGGAUGAUGGUCAGGAGGUUAGAGACGAAAGGCUCUCCCAGCCUCCGGUUAAGGGGGUCUCCUUUGAUCAAGUCAAUAAUCUGCUGAUCGAGCCUGCUCGAAUUGAGGAGGAAGAGCUAACACUAAUAAUACACCGUCAAACUGGUGGUCUGGGCAUCAGUAUCGCUGGAGGAAAAGGCUCCACCCCAUACAAGGGGGAGGAUGAGGGAAUCUUUAUCUCUCGGGUUUCUGAAGAGGGUCCAGCAGCUCAGGCCGGUGUGCGAGUUGGUGAUAAGCUGCUGGAGGUAAAUGGUGUGUGUCUGCAAGAUGCUGAGCACCACAGAGCAGUCGAGGCAUUGCGCAGUUCAGGGGGUUCAGUAACUAUGUCAAUCCUGCGGGAGAGGAUGGUCGAGCCGGAGAAUGCCAUCACCAUGACCCCACUGCGCCCCGAAGAUGACUAUGCUCCAAGAGACCGACGCACUGGCCUGAGGUUCCUUGAGCAACCCGACAAUGGGGCCACACGGCUGCAGUUUUCCACCUCGUUGGCACGUAAUGAGAAGGGGCUGGGAUUCAGCAUCGCUGGGGGGAAAGGAUCAACGCCGUACAAAGCUGGAGACACGGCGAUCUUCAUCUCCCGUUUAGCAGAAGGCGGAUCUGCACACAGGGAUGGGAUCCUGCGAGUGGGAGACCGGGUGAUCUCGAUCAAUGGUGUAGAGAUGGCAGAGGCCAGGCAUGAUCAGGCAGUAGCGCUUCUUACGGGCACAGCACCCACCAUCACCAUGGUAGUAGAACGCGAGAUGUCAGAAUUAGACAAGUCUGCAGAUGGUGUGAUCACAGGAGAUGGCUCCCCAACUCUACACCGAGCAAGGUCGUACUCCCCACCCCCACCGGGCCAGACACACACUGAGGAUUACCAGGACACCAUGAUUGAGGAGACUGUGGCUCAACCCAACCUACCGUCUGUCAAUUUCAGCACCGAAGACGAAUACCCAGUGGAGGAGAUCAUGCUGCUGAAGACAGGAGGACCCCUGGGGCUCAGCAUCGUCGGAGGAAGUGACCAUGCCAGCCAUCCCUUUGGGAUCCAUGAGCCGGGGGUCUUCAUCUCCAAGGUUAUACGGGAUGGGCUGGCAGCUCGCACUGGGCUGCGGGUUGGAGAUCGUAUUUUGGAAGUCAAUGGCAUUGAUCUUCGCCACGCGACACAUCAAGAGGCAGUGAUGGCCCUGCUGUCCAACCAGCAGGAGAUCCGGUUGCUGGUGCGCAGGGAUCCCCCUCCCCCAGGAAUGCAGGAGAUCCGGAUUGAGAAGCUGCCGGGGGAGAAGUUGGGGAUCAGUAUCCGUGGGGGAGCCAAAGGCCACCCUGGAAAUCCACUCGAUUCGACAGAUGAAGGGAUAUUUAUUUCAAAGGUGAGUUCUAGUGGAGCAGCAGCAAGGGAUGGCAGACUGCAUGUCGGCCUGAGAAUCCUGGAAGUCAACAACCACAGCCUGCUGGGAAUGACGCACACAGAAGCAGUACGCAUCCUGCGAGGGAUUGGAGACACGUUAACAAUGCUGGUCUGUGAUGGAUUUGACCCGAGGGCAGCUUCAGCCAUAGCCAUAGAGGCUUCUCCAGGUAUCAUUGUUAACCCUUUCGCUGCUGGGUUGGGUAGAAAGAACAGUAUGGAGAGUAUCUCAUCCAUCGAUCGAGAUAUGAGCCCUGAAGAGCUGGAAAUCUUGCAGAAGGAAAUUGAGAUGGUUCGUGAGUCGUCACUGUGGGAGCAAGAGCAACUGGAGAAAGUGGAGAGAAUGCGUAGGGAACAAGAGGAGGCCACACGACGGUUGGAGGAGGAAGCAGAGAAUUUCAGCACAGAACCAUUGAAAAUGGAUUACAGGACACUGGCUGCUUUACCCAGCAGUGGCAUACAGAGGGUCAAUCGGGGGUUUGCUGGAUUGGCAACGAUGGAGGGUCAGUGCAGACACCUUGCGCGGAUUGAGCAGGAGACGGGUUCGGAGCAGGAGGCGGCCCCCUGGGGGAGAUCAGGGGCUGUGUCUUUGAGGGAGGCUGCCCACGGCAUUAAUAAGCAGCAAGCUGCAGAACCUGACCACAGGCACCUUGUGACGGAAGAGAGAUGCGGGCAUGUGCUGCUUCCCGAACCCAUCCAGCGGGCACAGGAGCAGGACCCGGAGAUUCUGAUUGAGGUGCAGCCCAUUCCCUUCCACCAAAACCCAUUUGUGGUGGCAAACAGGAAGGGCCGGGGGAAGUCCAGGGAUUCCCCGACAGCAGGAGCGUCUCCACGUGGCUCACGAGGCUACACGGGCCACAGUGUCCAGGGCAGUUCCAGUGAACCUCCUGUUCCCAGUAACAGUGACUCACGAGAGUUCUGCAACUCGCCUACAUCCCAGCCGACCAAGCCUGGAGUCAUUCAGCCAUUAUCCAGGGUCAGGCAUAUUGUGGCUCCAGUACCUACAGAGGACAGAAACAGUCCAAACCCAUUCCAGAAAGUUGAGGAGCAAGCAGUGCCACUGAACAUGGAUCUCUUCACCCAGAGAAACAUUAAACCCAAACCAUCUAAUGAGGUGCCAUCACCCAGUGGAUUGGACAGCCCCGAGCAGAGGUCAUUCCGUGACAGACAGAAAUACUUUGAGAUUGAUGUGAAACAGCAGGUAGCAGAGAAACCCAAGAGAGUGUCACUGGUUGCAGAGGAUGAUCUGAGAAAAAUGAAGGAAGAGGAAGAGCGGAAAAUGAGGCACAGACCUCAGGAUGUGAUGCUGGAUGAAGAGGAGGAAGAUGAAGAUGAAGACAAGCGUAUCUCUGAUAUAAGCAGUCAGGGCACUGUCGUGAUCGAAGGGGUAGAAUACAAAAUUGAGCGGGUGGAAAGAAAGAGUGGAGAAUCCCCAAGCACUGGAGGCUGCCGAGUGGAUGUUCGGGGAGAACAGCGAACAGUGGCAAGGGACAGAAUAGCAAGUGAAGAACAGCAUCCAAAUUCAAUGACCGGGUUGUCUCCAGCAUAUCCGGAGCCUGCGGCUCCCAUUCGGACUGCAAAGGCAGAACGGCGGUAUCAGGAGAGGCUGCGGGUGCAGAGUCCAGACCUGCCUGUGGGGCGGGAUAAGGAGAUGUCUCCUGCAGAACGUCGGGCACUGGAAGCUGAGAAACGGGCCAUGUGGAGGGCAGCAAGGAUGAAGUCUCUUGAACAAGAUGCACUGAAAGCACAAAUGGUGAUCGCCAAAUCAAAGGAGCCGAAGAAACGCAGUCCCCUGGAUCAGCUUUCAGAGUCGCCAUCUCCUGCAGCGACCCCUUCGCCCACACCGCUGGAUGACCAGAGCCCUCGCAGUGUCACAUCCCCCGGAAGGCUGUCCUGGUCAGAAAAGAAGUUUGAUUACCGACAGUUUGCAGCUAUCCCAUCUUCUAAACCAGUUUACGAUAUUCAGUCUCCAGACUUCAUGGAUGACCUCAUGUACAUGGAUGAUGGCAGCACUUCAGUCGCCCGGCUUGGUGAGGACAGCGAGGAGAUGGGAGACAACCGUCGGUUGCCAACACUGACCACUCUGGGCAAUUCUGCCGCAUACAGCCACAAGCGUUCAUUGCAGCCUCAUCUGCGGAGUGCAGAGACCACGGUGCCCACGUGAGAAAAGCGCUGGCAAAGGACCCAUCGCCCUCCCAGCACCGAGUGCCCUCACUCGCACUUCACAUCUUACAGACUCUGUGUUCUUUUCUGUUUUUAGGUGGAUUGGAUUUUAAUUUCUGGCAGAGACUAAUCCUGUAGGAUUUUAUACGGUUUUUAAUGAGAAAGUGGGGUGGGGUUGGGGAGGGGGUUCGAGGCCCAAAGCUGCCUCUUGUAGUUUGAUACUGGGCUGCAGAUCUCCCCCAUUGCCUUGCCAGCAGGAUGUGGGGCUGUGUGUGGAACUGCAGUCUGAUCCUAGUGCUUCAUAGUGGUGGCAGAUUGUGCAUCUUGGAGUGUAGUUAAUAAACUGGCUGGAACAAAAGCAUGCAUGGGCAAGGGGAUAGGGCCAGGCUCCCAGCUGGAACCUCGC